AUGGUUCUGUGUCAAACUGCCAGCAUGAGUCUGAUGGACAUUUCCAAGAUUUUUUCUCUCCUCCAACCCAAAGAGGAGGAGGAGGAGCACACGAGUGACUGCCAGCAGCUGAACCAAGCCGUCUCUAAUGACGACGACAAACUCCUGGCCGAGUUGCUUUCUCAGGAAAGAUACAGGAGGUGCAUUAACAGCCGUAGCGGCUGGGGUGUCCCGGGCACCCCCCUGCGGAUGGCAGCUGCUCAGGGCCACCUCAGAUGCCUAGAGGUGCUGUUGGCUCAGGGUGCAGAGGUGGAUAGCCUGGAUGUCAAAGCACAGACCCCACUUUUCACUGCAGUCAGUGCCAAACACCUCGAAUGUGUGGUCGCCCUACUCAGGGCCGGAGCAGAUCCUAACGGAAGCCAGUAUAAUAACUGCUCUCCUGUGCUGACUGCAGCCAGGGAGGGUGAUGUGGACAUUCUGAGGGAGCUCCUACAACAUGGAGCUGAGGUUGAUGUCAGACCUAAAGUGCCUGACUGGGCCUCCAACGCCACAGCCUGCCGAGGGCCUCUGUAUAUCUCUGCCGUUUACGGGCACCUGGACUGUUUUAAACUGCUGCUCCUCCACGGGGCUAAUCCAGACUAUAACUGCACAGAGGAGAAGAUGCUGGCCAGAAUAAAACAACCCAAGACAGUGCUGGAGAUGUGUUUGCGGUACGGCUGUGGGACAGAGUACAUUCAGCUGCUCAUAGACUUUGGAGCAAAUGUCUAUCUCCCCACACUAAUUAUAGACAAGACAACGAAACAGAACGAGGCUGUCGUACUGCUGCUGAAGGAAAGAGUUUGUCCGAAAACGUUGAUGUCUCAGACCCGACUAGCAAUUCGGAAAUACGUUUCCAUGGCGAACAGGAUGCGUGCGUUGGACAGCCUGGACAUUCCUCAAACACUGAAGAAUUACCUGAAACACAUCAGCUGA